AUGAAUCCCGUGGAUGGAGGAGGAGAAGCGGGCCCGGACGGCCUGGCGACGGCAGGUUCUGGUAAAGCCGAGUGUGUCCGGGCGGUCGAUGUCCUGACGGUGCUCAGAGAGAAAGUGGCCUUCGUGUCAGGCGGGCGGGACAAACGCGGUGGACCAAUCCUGACCUUCCCUGCCAGGACCAAUCAUGAUCGAAUAAAACAGGAGGACCUCAGCCGGCUGGUCACUUACCUAUCGACAAUACCCAGUGAGGAUGUGCGCGCUCGUGGCUUCACCGUGGUGGUGGACAUGCGUGGAAGUAAGUGGGACAGUGUGAAGCCGGUGCUGCGAACGCUGCAGGAGUCGUUUUCCUCCAACAUCCACACGGCGCUGCUCAUCAAACCUGACACCUUCUGGCAGAAACACAAGACCAACUUGGGCAGCGCCAAGCUCAGCUUCGAGACCAGCCUGGUGUCCGUGGAGGGUCUGUCCCGGCUUGUCGACCCCUCCCAGUUGACCUCUGACCUUGGUGGCUCAUUGGAAUAUGACCAUGUGGAAUGGACUGAGCUACGUCUGGGCCUGGAGGAGUUCUCGGGGGCUGCCACACAGCUGCUGGCCCAGCUGGAACAGCUAGAGGCCGGACUGAACCGCAUACCAGAGCCCCAGGAUGUCGACGAGGCCCGCAAGCUUCUUGAGGAACACAGUCGUCUCCGUAACACUAUUGCAACUGCACCAGUUGAUGCCCUCGACCGAGAAGGGCGGAGCUUACUGCAACGUAUGCGCCUUGGCCCUUCCCAUGGUGAUGCCUCCACUGAGGGCGGUGGGGGUGGCGGCAGCCACGGCAGCUGGCUGUCAGGCGGGGCGGACUUCCAGAGCGUGGCUCCAAAGGUUUCGUCCCUGCUGGACCGGCUGCAGGCGGCUCGUACCCAUCUGCUGCAGAGCUGGAGCGACAAGAAGCUGCACCUGGACCAGGCGCUGCAGCUACACCUGUUUGAGCAGGAUGCCACCAAGAUGUCUGAGUGGAUCGCUCACAGUAAAGAGCUGUUCGUGCAGAGUCUGGCAGAGGUCGGUCAGAACCACCAGCAUGCUGUCGACCUCCAGACGCAACACCAGCACUUCACCGCCAACUGCAUGAAUGGCAGCGUGAAUGUGGACAGUGUUGUCACCGUGGCGGCGAGGCUCGCAGAGGCCGGUCAUUACGGUGCGGAGCGGAUCGCCAUGGUUUCGUCGAAGUUGCAGGAAGACUGGAAGUCCCUGACGACGGCGCUGGAGGAGCGCAGCAACACGCUCGCCAUGGCAACCGGCUUCCACCAGGGGGCAGAACAGUUCCUGCAUCGGGUGGAGGGCUGGGUUCAGGUGUGCUCUGAGGGGUCACUGCCAUCAGCAACAGCAGAGCUGGAAGCUGCCAUAAAGAAGCACCAGGAGCUCAAUGAAGAGAUCUCUGCGAAUUACACACAGGUCAGCGAGAGCGGUAAAGCACUACUGGACGUUCUCCAGCGUUGCCCAGCAUCAGAUUCUGAUGACUCGGCGCCCAAACCAGACUUCACUGCCGCCACGCACAGCAUCAUGGGAGUUCUACACCAAGUGAUGCAGGGUCACCAUGAAGUGGAGAGGGCGUGGCAACACCGCAAGCUCCGCCUCCAUCAGCGCCUGCAGCUUUGUGUGUUUCAACAGGAUGUUAAACAGGUGCUGGACUGGGUGGAGCAGCAUGGCGAGGUUUUCCUGAACAAACACACCGGCGUGGGGAAGUCUCUGCAUCGAGCACGAGCGCUGCAGAAACGCCACGACGACUUCCAGCAGGUCGCACAGAACACGUACACCAACGCAGAGAAGCUUCUGGAGGCUGCAGACCAGCUGGCUCAGUCUGGAGAGUGUGAAGAGGAGGAGAUCUACCAGGCGGCCCGAGACCUGGAGCUCCGCAUGCAGGCCUUCAUCCAGCGCGUUGAACAGAGGAAGCUGCUGCUGGACCUCGCUGUGUCCUUCUACACGCAUACAAAGGAGCUGUCAGCGUGGAUGGAGGGACUCCAGAAGCAGCUGUCCUCAGAUGUCCUCAUCUGCCCGGACACCGUGGAGGCUCUUCAGGCUCUCAUCAGCCAGCAGCAGCAGCAGCAGGCCAACACGCAGGAAGCUGCGAUGAGUGUCAUCCGGGAGGGAGAAGACCUCAUCCUGCAACUGAGGCCCCAGGGCAGCUCGGUGGCCCAUGUAGAGUCAGUGUUGCAACAGCUGGAGGAGUCUCACGUUCAGCUGGAGGAGCUUUUCCAUCAGAGGAAGAUCCGACUAGAUGUUUACUUGCAGCUGCGCAUACUGCAGCAGUGCACACUGGAGGUUACUGGGGAAAUGGAUGCAUGGAAACAAGACCUUCAGAAACAGUCCCAGGACUUUUCCACUGAGAAACUAGCAUCACCGAGGCUACCCGAUGCAAACCAGGACAAGCUAGCCCAGGAUAAGUUAGCAUUGGGCCAGUCACGGCUAGUGGAGGCCAGCCCCGAGGCACUAACAUUAGCACAGCAGCGCAUUCACAGGCACAUGGAACGGAGGUUGGCUAUGAACAACAUGAUUUAUGAGGUCAUCCAGCAAGGUCAUGACCUUCAACAGUACAUCACAGAGGUCCUGGCAUCAGGUAUCGAGCUCUCAGAGGCAGAGGGAGGCAUCUCCUCACAGGUGGAGGAGCUGCAGUGCCUCCUGCAGGACAAACAGAAGGAGCUGCAGCAGAUUGCAGAUCACAUACACACACACCUGGAGCAGAACCUGCAGCUGAGACACCUGCAGAGCCAGGUUAAACAGGUGCUGGGUUGGAUCUCAGAGGGGGAGGUCAUGCUGUCGUCCUGCAUGUUGAAUUCCAGCUGUUUGUCUGAAGCGGAGCAGCUCCAGCGGGAGCAUGAGCGUCUCCAACAGGCCAUAGAGUCUCUCCUUCAUGCUGACUCCCUGCAGAGGACCCAUCAGGUGGCCCUGGCUCUGCAGCAGAGAGCAGAGCUGCUGGUCAGGUCAGGUCACUAUGACCCUGAUGCAGUGAGGUCUUGUGCCCAGACGGUGGCGCUGCACUGGCAGACACUGAUGCUGAGGAUUGAAGACAGGCUUAAAUUAGUCAACGCAUCCGCUGCCUUUUACAGGACGUCACAGCAGGUGUGUGGUGUACUGGAGAGUCUAGAGCAGGAGUACCGCAGGGAGGAGGACUGGUGUGCAGGAGGAGAAAGACAGCCUGAGCAGCUGCUGCCGCUCAUCAGCAAACACAUGGAGCAGAAGGAGGCAUUCCUAAAGGCAUGCACUCUGGCCAGACGGAACGCCGAAGUUUUCCUCAAGUACAUUCACCGCAACAGCGUCACCAUGGCUACUAUCUCUGGCCACAGCGUAACUGUCUCUGGGGUAACUGGGGUUACAGAGGUUACCGGGCACUCCAGGGUGCCAGAGCAACAGGUCAAAGGGAUCCUCAGUGAGCUGCUCCAGAGAGAAAACAGAGUUCUUCAUUUCUGGACUUUAAAGAAACGUAGACUGGAUCAGUGCCAGCAGUAUCUGCUCUUCCAGAGCCACGCCCAGCAGGCUCUGGAUUGGUUACAACAGUCAGGGGACCAUUACCUGGCCACCCACACAUCACCUGGGGCAACAGUGGCUGAGACGCAAGAACUGCUGAACCAACACAGAGAAUUCUGCAUUUCAGCGAAGCAUACGCAGGAAAAAGUUCACCUGCUGAUCCAGCUGGCUGAGAGCAUGUUGGCUAAAGGCCACGCCCACCGCACAGAGCUCCGCCGUUGCGUUUCCACGGUUGACAAGCGCUACCGUGACUUCACUGUCAGGAUGGGGCAGUACCGCCACCUGCUGGAAACGGCGCUGGGAGGCUGCUCACAGGACAAUAAGGACUUAGAGCUGGAGCUGAUCCCCAACAGUCUGUCCGACUCGGACCCGGAGGUCAACCUGUCCGACCCGAGCCACCAGGUCAGCGAUGAGAAGAGACGCUCUGCUCGCAAGAAAGAAUACAUCAUGGCUGAGCUCCUUCAGACGGAAAGAGUCUACGUCAGAGAUCUGCAGGAGUGUAUCGAGACGUACCUGUGGGAGAUGACGAGCGGCUCAGAGGACGUCCCGCCUGGCCUUGUAAACAAGGAUGACAUUGUGUUUGGAAACAUCCAGGACAUCUACGAGUUCCACAACAGUAUUUUCCUGAAGGAACUGGAAAACUAUGAACAGCUUCCUGAGGAUGUUGGACACUGCUUUGUCACCUGGGCUGAUAAGUUCCACAUGUACGUGACGUACUGCAGGAACAAACCAGACUCCAGUUUACUCAUCCAACAGCAUGGCGUGGCAUUCUUCGAGGAGGUCCAGAGAAGACAUGGUCUAGCAAACUCCAUCUCCUCAGCUCUCAUCAAGCCUGUUCAGAGGAUCACCAAAUACCAGCUGCUGCUCAAGGAGCUGCUGGCCUGCUGCGAGGAGGGGAAAGGCGAGAUAAAGGAAGGCCUGGAUGUGAUGCUGAGCGUCCCAAAGAGAGCCAAUGAUGCUAUGCAUGUUAGCAUGUUGGAAGGUGUGGAGGAUGGUCUGGAUGUUCAGGGCGAGCUCCUCCUGCAGGACUCCUUCCUGGUUUGGGAGCCGAAAUCUUUAAUCAGAAAGGGGCGGGACCGACACCUCUUCCUGUUCGAGCUGUCACUCAUCUUCAGCAAGGAGAUCAAAGACUCAUCUGGAAGGACCAAAUACAUCUACAAGAGCAGGCUGAGGACCUCUGAGCUCGGUGUAACAGAGCAUAUCGAGGGGGACCCCUGUAAGUUUGCACUAUGGGUGGGACGAACGCCGACCUCAGACAACAAGACAGUACUAAAGGCGUCGUCUUUGGAGCUGAAGCAGGAGUGGGUUCGUAGCAUUCGGCAGGUGAUCCAGGAGAGGCGGGGUCACCUGCGGGGGGCACUGAGGGAGCCCAUCCCCCUCCCUAAGACACCCAACCCCACCCUGGGUCGACAGCGCAGCAUCACCCGCAGAGAGACGAGCGAAGACGCUGACAGUCUGGGUGAUGCCAGCAGUCAACCCGACACCGUCUCCAUCGCCUCCCGAACAUCGCAAAACACCGCAGACAGCGACAAGCUGUCAGGAGGCUGCGAGUUAGUCGUGGUGUUAUUGGAUUUCUCCUCCGGGGGACCGGGAGAGGUCAGCGUCCGCUGCGGUCAGACGGUGGAGCUGGUGGAACGCUCGGCAGAUCGGCCGGGGUGGUGUCUGGUCAGAACCACAGAUCAAACGCCCCAGCAGGAGGGCUUACUGCCGAUGAGCACCCUCUGCCUGUCGCACUCCCACAGUGCAGCCGACAUGGAGGGACUGCUCCCAGCCUCCACCACAUCCUCCAGCACCUCCUCUACGAGCACUACCACCUCCUCCUCCUGCAACUCGUCCUCUACCGCCAUCACCUCCACCUCGAACUCCUCCACUGUGAGCGCCGGGAGGGAGUCAAGUCUGUACAGCUCUGAAGGUUCAGGCCUCCAGACUCAGACCAUGAGCCAAAGUGCCACCUCUCCCACAGUGCUUGGAGCAGGCGGGGCUCCAGGAGGUGCUGUGGGUUCUCCGGGGCCAAAACGCAGCGGCUCUGGAACUGGAAACACCCUGAAGCGCUGGUUGACUAGUCCUGUACGGAGGCUGAGUCAGGGAAAAGCUGAUGGACAGAAGAAACCACCAAUCAGAAUGAGGAGGCGGGACAACAGGGCAGAGCUGACCACACCCCUCGCUGGAAACGCACAGACGAAGGCAAGAAAGGAAGAGGCGGGGCAUAGCGGUGGGGAGGAGGAGCCAGAAGAAGAAAGCCACACACCUUUACCACCCCCAAUGCAGAUCAUCAAAGACCCCAACAACCCUGAGGCUCUGGACUCAGAUCAAGGAUCAAAUGAAUCGGACACCGAACAGAGAAACAAGGCACUAAGAGGACGCAUGUUUGUUGUUAAUGAGAUGGUCCAAUCAGAGAAGGACUAUGUGAAAGACCUAGGAGUGAUUGUUGAGGGUUUCAUGUCUCGCCUGGAGGUCAGAGGGAUUCCAGAGGACAUGAGAGGAAAAGACAAAAUCGUCUUCGGCAAUAUCCAGCAGAUCUACGACUGGCACCGCGAUUUCUUCCUAGUGGAGUUGGAACGUUGUAUUCAGAAUCAUGAUCUGCUUGCUGACCUCUUCAUCAGACACGAGCGUCGUCUGCACAUGUAUGUGGUUUACUGUCAGAACAAGCCGAGAUCAGAGUUCAUUGUCAUCGAGUAUGAGACCUACUUUGAGGAGAUCCAGCAUGAGAUCAGCUGCAGGAUGUCCAUCAGUGAUUAUCUGAUCAAACCGAUCCAAAGAAUCACCAAAUACCAGCUGCUGCUCAAGGAUUUCCUCAAGUAUACGUCCAAAGCAGGAUUGGACUGUGAGGAGAUUGAGAAAGCCGUGGAGCUGAUGUCAUUGGUUCCAAAACGCUGCAAUGACAUGAUGAACCUGGGACGCCUGCAGGGAUAUGAGGGGAAGCUAACGUCUCAGGGGAAGCUACUGCAGCAGGAGACCUUCUGUGUUUGGGAGCAAGAUGGAGGAGUUCUGUCUCGCAGUAAAGAACGCAGAGUUUUUCUGUUUGAGCAGAUCAUCAUUUUCAGCGAACUUCUGCGCAAAGGCUCCAACAAUCCAGGGUACCAGUUCAAGAACAGCAUUAAGGUGAGUUACCUGGCAAUGCAGGACAGCGUGGAUGGUGAUCCCUGUAAGUUUGUGUUGUGGUCUCGUGGAUCGGCCGAGCGCUUCACGCUGCAGGCAUCGUCUGCCAGUAUCAAAAUGACCUGGGUAGAAACCAUUGCUGCCCUGCUGGAUGCCCAGAACAACUUCCUGUCAGCUCUCCAGUCUCCUAUUGAGUAUCAGAGAAAGGAGGGCGUUAUCUCUGUGACACGCCCAUUGUCAUCAGGGAGGCCGCCAUCUGCCCCACCUACUCCCAAUGGUCACGCCCCGCAGCCCCCUCCUGACAGUGAGCAGGAAGAUCAGGAGCUGGUUCUGGUGCUACAGGACUUUGUGGCAGUGCGGGAAGAUGAGAUUUCUGUGUUUCGGGGAGAGAAGGUCCAGAUUCUUGCAUCCAACCAGCAGGGCCAGAGUCUGGUCUAUCGACCGGCAAACAGCGACUCGCCAGCCGCCGAGGGCUGGGUGCCACGCAGCGUACUCAACACACACUGACACAUACACAUGAACAAACACUGACAGCAGGGUCAGAGUCUGGUUUACUAUUAGUAGAUACACAAACACAAUGGCAGCACUCCAAAUACUGAACAUGAACUGGGUCAGAACCAUACUGGGAAAUAUUUGUGAUGCGUGAAAUGUAAUCAUUGUGAUGGCAAUGUCUGCCUAUCCGUACAAAAAUAUAUAAAAAGGAUCAUAUGAUGUCCAGACGCUUUGGGCUAAUCUUCCUCUUGUAUCCUCGACCUUAGUCCUUGGUCACUAACCACCGUUGGCUAUAGACGGAGGGUAGGAACAUAGAUAGAAUAUACACUUCCGGGUCUGAGCCCAUGGAAGCGGACAGAAAAAGAAAAGUUUGAAUUGCUACUGAGUGAUGUAGAAUCUCAGGCUCUUGUGUAGGUGAGUCCUUGUGGUGGGCUCAGUCCAAACGGGAAGCAAAGAUUUGCCUCAUAUUGCUCAUGUGAAUACAGUCUUUGGACCAUUUUGCAACACCCAGAUUUUCUCUACUAGAUACCAGUGGGUAAACGACUUCCUUCCUAAGCAAAAUUGACUUACCAGAGUUUGACAAUUUUGCUUACUUUUCUCCCAUCUCUUUCUUCCAAAACAAAGCUGAAUCACUUUGAUUUGGCUGCCAACAAACCACAGUAGUAGCCAUCUCAUCAGUUUCUGACUCAGAGGUGUCAAAAGAAUCCAGCCUAUGGAAGAAUCUCAGCUCCUGUGAGCAUCCUGAGGAUUUCCCAAGACAGAUCAGAUGUAGUGAUUCUGGUGCUCAAUUAGGCAUGCUUCAAGAGGCAUCCUGAUCCAAUGCCUGAACCACCUCAGCUUGCUCCUUUCUCAUUCACAUAAUAAUCUCGACCUAAACUUUUUUUUUUCAUUAUUGUCUCUUUAUGUAACAGUACUGCGACCCCUCAGAGGGUACCUGAACCUUAGGUUGGGAACUGGAGAGGUAGGCGUUGCCAUCAUUCAAGCUUCGAAGGUUUCCUGACAUGUUUCAAGCCCUGAUUACUGUUCAGUAUUAAAGACCACACACACACACACACACACACACACACACACACACACACACACACACACACACACUCUCCCAGCAGCAGGUACUGUUAGUCUCCUCCCUCUUUCCUGGUGCUUCAACAUUCUGCAAGAACACACUUCUCCACCUCGUCCAAUCAGACGCUGCCGUCAGGGUCCCAAGCAACCAGUAAUCCACUCUGACUUCCCCGUGGGUCAGUAGGAGGGAGGUCACAUGACCAUCAUUACAAUCAUCACUAUCAUCCGUCCUUAUCAACAGAUGGAGACUCCAGGAAGAAGAGACAGGUUAAAAAAAAAAAAAAAGCCUCCUGGACGAGAAGAGGCAAAAAGACUCAUCAGCCAAUCAGAACUGAGCUCUCUACAUUUCGUCCUGUUAAUAGUGUGUAUAAAGAGACUGAGGACACACUCCAUACACACACCCCUGCUAUGAUGAAGAUGCAGAUGAAGAUUACUAUGAAGAUAAUUAAGAAUAAUAGAAUCUGUUUUUCACCUCAAUAGGGAGAAAAAAUGAGAGAAACUGUUUGUCAUAUUAAUAUCUGUGUGCGUGUGCAUGAGAGAGAGGGAGAGCGUGUGUGUGUGUCUGUGUGUGUGUGUGUGUGCGUGUGUGUGUGUGUGUGUGUGUGUGUGUGUGUGUGUGUGUGUGUGUUAGUGAUGCCGUCCUGUGUGUGUGUGUAUGUGUGUUUUUUCCAGGGACAGCUAGGUGGUGUCCCGGUGUAGCGUUGCCAUGACAAAUCGUUGUGUUUGCGGUGACACCAUUUUGGGUUUUUUUUUUUGGUUGGUUGUUUGUUUUGGUUUUUUUUAGCGAACCAGAGCUGCCGCCGCCCAUCUUCUUCCCCUCCCCUCCUCCAUCUUUCUCCAGCCAACAUGGCAGCCUCAGCUUUGGUUAGUUUGAUAUUCUGAUUAUGCAUUUCUCGUUCCUGUAUAUAAAUCUGACGUCCAACUGCUACUCCACAAACCGUGGACACUGAACCAGUCUGUCUCUCAGCAGCCCAACCUACUGUGACUGUCUGUUUCUACUAAAACUGUAACCUUUCAGCACGCUCUCUACCUGUCUCUCUCUACCCGUCUCUCUCUCUCUACCUCUCUGUCUCUCUCUGUUUCUCUGGUGCCAUUCUCAGACAACACCCCGGUCCUUAAGGAGCUGCGCAGCCUGUCAGGUGCACUAAAGAGUGGUUAGGGUGGAGGACAGUGGGCUCUAAAGCAAUUUAUGAAGGUUUUAAGGUGUUUGUUUGUGAAAAGUUUGAAUUCUUUAAAGUCUGUUCAAUUCAGCGUCUAUAAAUUGAUCUUAAUAUGUACAACCUGUUGGCAACAGCUUUCUGGUUUCUGUUUGUAGAAAUACAAUGGAAGUACCAAAACCUGCAGUUCCUCUAAUGUCCACUUGAGGCUCCAAAAGUGAGUCAAUUCCCAUAGACUCCCAUGUGAGUUUUGGUCUAAUUUCCCUCUUUAUAGUAGCUGUACAGGAUAGAAUUUCUCUGGACCAUGUUUGAACUGAUUUGUGUAAUUUGGUAAUAAAUAGAAUUACAUCAUUAGCGUAUAGGAUACGCAUAUAGCUUAUAGUCAAUCCAUCCUUUCUGGAGCAUUUUUAAGACUUGCAAGAAAUCUUUUGCAUUCACAUGAAUACAAAUCUCAAAACUACCAACCGUCCAUAAUUUAGCCUUUUAAAACUUAUCUGCAUUUGUAAACAAUGCAUGAACCCAACAUUUGCAGGUUUCGAGACCCUGUGUGGAAUGCUUCAACAGAAACCAGGAAGCAUGGCUGGUUCCUGAGCAGGUUUCACAGGAACGUAUGCCACCAAAGCCUCUCUUAAUGUGCAUAUGGAUUGUGAUUGUGAGGACAGUAUUAAGAAAGACUUGAAAGAAAGAUAACUUUUUCUUAAAGGGCAACACGCACCUAUGGCACUUGACUAUGACACUCAUGAAAAGUCUUAUCCCAGCUACUGCACACCUGGCUUUGUACACUACACUACUGGUUUUUCCAACAAUGUUUGGCAGCAGAGCUUUGAUCCAGUCUGCUUGAAAUAUUUUUGGUAGGUGGAUGGUGGACACCAGAUUGUCCAAAACAUUCUGGUUGGAGAUGGUAUUUGGGGUUAAAUAUUAAGCAGUUUGGCAACAUUUACUUUACUGGGUAAUUUCAAGUAAAAAUUUCUUAAAUAUUAUUUUUAAAUCAUAUAUAUUCAGCUGUAAAUUACAUGAUAUUUUAUCACAUUUGUUGAACAGUUUGGUUGUAAUUAUGAGGGAACGUGUUCAUUGCUGCCUGUUAUAUACUGGCUAAGUGAAAAAUAGUUGAUAAACCGAUAAUCCUCGGAGUCUCUGAGCUGACGUUCAGCAGUGUAAAUUCUGUUCGUUAGUGUUUAAACUGAUACAAUGACGAUCCUCUGUGUUAUAAAACUUCAGCCACUUAGAUAUUAUACUGAUUUUCACAAGAGAAGCCGUAGAAUAAGCGCAUUCAGUGUGGCCAAUCAUCCUUUUAGUAAACUCUGAUUUUACAGAUGUCGGUAUAUCAACUAUUUUUCAUAUCCCUACAGAAGUUCCGAUUUUUUAGCAUUAAAAUGUUGAAUGUGAUGAUCAGGUACUCUUAUUCCUUUAUAAUUAGAAUGAAACUGGUUUCUUUAAAAUACUUGUUAAUUUGCAGCUAAGCAGCAGCAACUGUUUUUGGGAAACUGGAUACAAAUUACACAAAUGUACAACUUUGUAGUAAAAAGCAGAAUUUCUAGAGGCAGUGUUAAUGUCAUGUGGGAGUCAUUAUAAAUACCAACAUCCACUUGUUCACAUAAACAUGCAAGUACAAAUUGAUCGUCUGAAAAAUAAGUUAAUAAGGACUCCUUAAAGACCUUCAAGCCACUUAACAUUAAUAUGACAUUCGUCAGGUGAAUGACCCUUAAAAACAGACGCCACUUUGCUCCCUUUUCAGGGCUGGCGAAGGAUUUUGUGUCAGUGUGAUGACUGUCAAUGCAAAAAAUAAAAAAAUUAAAAAGUUUAUAGUGUUCAAAAUGUUUAAAACAAUAGCAAAGUCACAACUUUGGAACUCGGAGUGCACCAGAAGGGUUUCAAUGUGAUUGCAGAGCAUUACAAAGGGAACUCUGAAAGGUGGAAAAACUGUGCAUUAUGAAGAGUUUUUAGGUUAAAUGUAUUGCACGAUGAAGGUGCUACAAAGUAAAGCUUGAACUACAGUGUGGACCAGUUUUAAAGGUGAAAGAUGGAUAACUGUGCACUAUAAAGGUGUUUAUACGGUGGAAAAUAGCACACAGCUUUGAAAUCAGUGCACUAUGAACGGUUUGAGGUGAAAGGUAGUGUACUAAGGUUUAGAAUGGAAAAUAGUACACUACAAAGGGCAUAGGGUGCUGUUUGAGACCCAGCCUUGUUGCCGACUGGCAAACUCAACUAACCAAUCAAACAGUGUUAUUUGUACAGAACUAACAGCUGCUAACUGACUGCUAACAGCUCUCUGUGUUUGUAAUAAACUUCAUUUUUCAUCCAAA